GCGAAAUUAUUAGAACGUGCGAUCGAAAUGGCAGGCAUGACGUUCGAGGACCCCUAUCUGGCACUGUCGAUUUUCGAACACGCCAAAACCCACAGUGUUGUGAGCUACGUGUCUGGAUGUACCACGGAGGUGUACAACGCCAUGUUGAUGAUGCGAUGGAAACUUUGGCGCGACGUACACGGAAUGCUGAAUUUGGUCGACGAAAUGAUGGCCAACGGUGUAGGAUACGAUACCGAGACGCGUCGGAUUGUGCAACUGGUGGUAGCCGAAGUGGAGAAUGAAAUGCGCUUGGAUAACGAUGAUGACGAGGAUGACGGUGCUGCUAGUAGCGAUGUAUAUCGUUAUGGUCCAAACAUGAAGGAUGGCAUGGUGUGGAGCAUGGAUGAAAGACGAUCCGCCAAUAUCAUGAAAGCCCUAGUUGGAAAAUGGUUGUUCAAAUAAAAAACAUUUUUAAGAUGUGGGUCAAACAUAUCGAACCUUUUUACUCGAUCGGAUUGGAAGCGGAAUCGCCGAUAACGAUGAACAAUCGGCAUUUCAACAUGGUUUGGGCUGCUUGGUUCGGUUUUACGCCUUCCAGUGCCUGGUUUCACCUGCUUGUGACAGUUCCUUUUUUUUCCUUUCUUUCUUUGUCUUUCUAACUCUCUUAAACCUCAAUCAUCCUCUCCCUACCUCUCUCUCUAUCUUUUUAUUAAAAGCACCCAUUAGCUCAUUUUACAUGGUCGCUACAAGGAAAGCUACUGCAACAAAAGCUCAACGCAACAAUGGCGUCAAUCGUCGUGUCACUCGUUCGACUACCGCCGCAGC